UUUUGUAUUAUCCGUGGCUAUGGCGUCCUGUGUGAGUCGAUUUCUCGGGCUACAUUGCGGAGUGGGUUUCACUCCUCCAGCUCCACGGCAAUUUCGUCCAGUUGCCAAGAUCUCCGUGGGACAACGAAUGCCUCCUUUCACUUUGAGGGACCAAGAUGGAACUCUGGUGAAUCUACUCGAUUUUAAGUACAAGCCUCUGGUCAUUUUCUUCUACCCGGCUGACAACACACCGGCUUGUACGAGAGAGGCUUGCGCCUUUCGAGACUCGUAUCGGGAAUUUAAGAAAGCCGGUGCUGAAGUGCUUGGCAUAAGCGCAGACGGUCAAGAAACUCACAAGGAGUUUCGCCAAAAACAUGAUCUCCCAUUCACGCUGCUCUGCGAUUCCAGUGACAAACUUCGCAAGGAGCUGGAGAUCCCGGGAGAGUUCUUCGGUGCAUUGCCAGGGAGAGAAACUUACGUCCUCGACAGGAAAGGAAUCGUUCGCAUGGUUUUCAAUGACCAGUACGCCGCGGAGCAGCACGUCGAAGAAGCUCUCAAAGCCAUUCGCACAAUGACCAAGCGUGGCUUUGGCGGGUGAUUGAUUAUAUUAUUGCUUUCUAGCAUUAAAAACCAUAUUAUUCUACUAUGAUAUAAGAAGCUAGCUCUAGAAUUGGUUAUGGAAGAAAGAAACGAGUACAAUAUAAGGUCAGCUAUGGCUUCUUUU